UGGACAGGUGCGAGAGCGUGGGUGUUUCUGGGGCCGCCGCGCCGCUCCCCUCCCUCAUGAGGCCGCAGGACCCGCCUGAGGGCGGCCCGGCCGCCGCCGCGCUGCCGGCACUGGAGGCGCUGAAGCAGCGGGCGUGCGAGAGCGUGGAGCUGAACGCGGGGCGGCUGGGCACGCUGAGCCACCACAUCUGGAGCCGGCCCGAGCUGGCCUACGAGGAGCACCAGGCGCACGACGCCAUGACCCGCUUCUUCUCCAGCGGGGAGCUGCCGGGCGCCGCCUGGGCUGUGCAGCCGCGCUACAAGCUGGGCACGGCCUUCCGCGCCGAGUGGGCCACGGCCGCCCCCCAGGGCCCGGGCCCGGGGCUGCGCCCGCUCCGCAUCGCCUUCCUCUGCGAGUACGACGCUUUGCCCGGUAUUGGCCACGCCUGCGGGCACAACCUUAUCGCCGAGGUGGGAGCCGCCGCCGCCCUGGGGCUGAAGGCCGCCCUGGAGAGCCUGCCGCAGCAGGCGCCCAUCGCCGUCCAGAUCACGGUGCUGGGCACGCCGGCGGAAGAACAAGGAGGAGGCAAAAUAGACCUGAUCAACGCUGGAGCCUUUGACGGCCUGGAUGUGGUUUUUAUGGCACACCCCUCGCAAGAAAACGCGGCUUACCUGCCCGAUGUGGCCGAGCACGAUGUGACUGUGAAAUACUAUGGAAAAGCUUCUCAUGCUGCUGCUUAUCCUUGGGAAGGAGUUAAUGCAUUAGAUGCUGCUGUUCUUGCAUACAACAAUCUGUCUGUUUUAAGACAGCAAAUGAAACCGACCUGGAGAGUUCAUGGUGUAAUAAAAAAUGGUGGCGUGAAACCUAAUAUCAUUCCUUCUUACACUGAACUAGAGUUUUACUUGCGUGCCCCUUCAAUGAAAGACCUUUCUGUUCUGACAGAGAAGGUUGAGAACUGCUUCAAAUCUGCAGCACUGGCCACAGGAUGCAAAGUGGAAAUAAAAGGUGGUGCAAACGAUUACUACAAUGUGCUUCCAAAUAAGAGCCUGCAGAAGGCUUACAAGGAGAAUGGAAAGAAGCUUGGAAUAGAGUUUAUAUCAGAAGAUUCUGUCUUGAAUGGUUUGUCAGGUUCCACAGACUUUGGAAAUGUUACGUUUGUAGUCCCUGGGCUUCAUCCUUAUUUUUAUAUUGGCUCUGAUGCAUUGAAUCAUACUGAGCAGUACACAGAAGCUGCAGGGUCACAGAAUGCUCAGUUCUAUGCUUUGCGUACAGCAAAAGCUUUGGCAAUGACAGCACUGGAUGUAAUUUUCAAGCCAAGUCUGCUAGAAGAAGUCAGGGAAGACUUUAGACAGGUGAAGCUAAAAGAAGAAGGACAAAUAAAUCCAGUAGAAUCAAACAAAGAAUCUGGUGUUGGUGUAGGAGCAUGUGCAUCACACUAAACUUUAUUAAACCUCCCUCAGUAGGAUUGACUUAAUGGAGAUGCUGUGUUUAAAUCCCAGAAGGGGCUGGAUAAACACAGAGCUGAAGAAAUGUGUUGAUUUUUUUUUUUGGACUUUAGGAGAAGCAAAUAGUAUCAUUGCUUUCAAAAAUGUGCAAUUUCAUCUAGCUGUAAUGUUUGCUGUAUUCAAUAUGGUGAUGUAUUUCAGAGAGACCUCAGAUAUGCUGUCUUUAAGUUGCAGCGUUGAAUAAAUGAUAGUGUUUAGAUCCCUUGUCAGUGACUUUCUGUGUUACUGAAGUAAUAUUCCUUAUAGGGGAAAUACAGCAUUUACAUGGAAAUUCUUGUUCUAAAAUAAGCACUGUUCACUUGGUGAUCAUAGGCUGAAUCUGAUCUUUGAGGCAUUUCUCUCUGGCCAGUCACUUGUUCUUGGGACAAGAUAAAGGCUUAAAAACUGAGCUGAUUUCACUGGAGAGAAGGGUGUAUGUUUGGAAGUGUGCCUGGUUUUGACAGUUGUAACUUCUAGCAAUGGAAAAGAACAGUUUGUAUGGAAACAUGAUCUGUAAAGGCUGGCUGUUGUGAAACACGUUGACCUUCCUCCUAAUUAAUUUUAUAGGUGCUGUGGAGAAGUCAUUGAUCAAAAAAUUGGAAAGCAACUACAUGUUUAUUUGUUUAAAUUAACACAUUUAAACUGCUGCAGGAAAACAUGUGCACCUUUUCUAAGUUCUACUCUAAGGCAAUACAAGUGUCCACACCAGGUGUUGUACUAGCUUAACUGAUCCGAAAGGUGUGUGUUAAUUUAGUUAAACCAGUAGAAAUCUUUUCCACAAAGGUGCAGGCAUGGUACCAUGAAGCAGUAAAUGACGGUAACUUUAAACUGGUUGCAUGCAAACCCCUGCUGUAAGCUCUGAGAAGCUUGCGCUGAGGAUUCCUUGUGCAAUAACUGGCUUCUCAAACCUGUUUGUUCCCACAUCCUAAGCAGCAGAUCCGUUAAGUCUUGCCAGUCGUCCUUUCUGUGUGUUGUGGUGUUAGUCGGUUUAAUCCUUGUUAUUUUGCUUCCCAGAGACAUUAAUGUUGCAGAUUUCAUCUAGGUGUUGGUCUGUGUGUCCAAACCUUUUUAGGAUUUUUUUUUAUUUGCUUGUUAAAGAAUCAUGUGAAUAUGUAGUGAAGGAACUAAUCUUCAGAUGCGAAUUGCUGAGUCAGUGGACUGGCUGGGUGAAAAAGCAGCUUACUGGUUAACAUUUCCCUCAGCAUAGGUAUUAUAGUAAGCUUCUGAAAAGAAGUGAGGCAAACUCUGUUCCCCAGGAAGUCAGAACACCCAAAAUAAUUUCAGAAACCUUGUUUUUAACAGCACUGGUCUCUAAAUGAUAAAUUCCAGAAUUCUAAUCAGAACUUAUUUUAUUAUAUUUCUAAAUUUGGAAAAAACGUUAUCUUGGUUUAACUGUGGGCUCCCUCUGCGUUUCUGUGCAUGCUCUUUAACACAGACCUCCAGCUGCUAUUGAAGAAUUCUAUUGAGACUUUCCCUUAGCAGGGAAAAAGUAUGCCUAGGCUGGCUUGUGUGUCAAGCAGAUGUUGUAGGCAACCUAACUUUCAGAUGAUACUUCAGAUACUCUGUGCUCGUAGUAAUAGGACACAGACUGUCAAUAUCUGAAAUGCUCUGUGUCUUUGGAAAAAGGAAGUAACUGUGUAUCUGUUUCUGUAAGAACUAGAGGUAUAAGCAAUGUUUUGUAUUACAAACCAGUUGUUUGAAGAGUUGAGCGUGGCCAUAAGUAUUCCGGGUUACAAGAUGGUCCAUCCUUACACCAGUGUCCUUGCUUUCAUUAGCAGACCAUUUUGACAGAUGAAUGCAUGAAACAGCUGAGGGUUGGACUCUUGAGCUACAGGGAUGUCCAGGAUAGUGAGCUGGAUACUAAAUCCAACUGAAAUUUGGCCCAAAGUUGGUCAAAGGAACUUUCUCCUUAACUUUAAAUUUAAACCCUGCCUUGCCAGUUCUCGAGCAUGAUUACAAUUCAUUAUGUUCUGCUGGGUUAGCAAGGUAGUUUGUGAAAUUCCUUAGCAUAUGUGGCUUUUUAUGUCCUGCUGCAUGAACUGCCUAACUUCUUGCUUUGCUGUUUUUAAGAUGGAGUGUUGGAGUGGGAGGGAUACAUGCAGCACUGCUGUGUUCCCUGCAAGCUGAUGUGCAUUGCAGCCUUCUCAGUGCUCUUUGUCCAGAGCAGCUGGCUGUUGGCUGCAUCAUGUCCAUGAUCAUUUAAUUAAAUGUUUCUGCACUAAAAGCAUGUCUUAAUUUUGUUGUAAUCAUUGCUGGAAUUAAAAUGAAACUGAAGUACUGAUUAAAGAUGAGUUGAUAUCAAUAAAGCAGUUUAAUUGUGA